AUGAAAAAACCAAAGGAUGGCGACAAAUGGGUGAUUGAGACGACAAAGUUGACGAUCUACGAUGUGAAGAAGGGCAUUCAUGGUAAAGGAGACAAUGCUGUGUAUCAGUGCAAAGCUGAGAACAAACAUGGCUAUGUGUGGACGAAUUUCUACCUCAACCUGCUCGCAUUCAAACCUCAACUACUUACCGAUGCUGGUGAAGUUGAAGCUGUAGCGGGACAAUCGGUAACCCUUGAAUGCAAAUUCUUCGCUAGUCCCAAUGCUGUGAUAACGUGGGCAAGCCCAUUGCUCCAAGGCAUUGCUCAUAACGUCAUUCCUGCAAAUCCACAUGGUGUUGGGAAAUUAGUCAUACCA